AAUACGCCUUCAUCCAAGCGCAGCGAUCACUUUCGAAGUUCUUUAAUACAUACGCAACUGUCAAGAUGGGGGACGUUAUGGUAGAGAAUCCCGCGAACCAGGUGCUGCCUCACCGAAAACAAAUGCCUUCUUCGAUACCCAAUAUCGACACGUUGGAGAACAUAGGGACGGAUGGCAGCGAUGAGUACUCAACAAUGAAGAAGCUUCAACGGCAUCUGGAGUAUAUUCAACUUCAAGAAGAAUACAUCAAGGAUGAGCAAAGGAGCUUGAAGAGAGAAUUAGUACGCGCUCAGGAAGAGAUCAAGCGGAUUCAGAGUGUACCCCUGGUUAUUGGACAAUUUAUGGAGGCUAUAGACCAAAAUACUGGUAUAGUUCAAUCUUCGACUGGAUCCAACUAUGUCGUCCGAAUCCUCUCCACCCUCGACCGCGAGAAGCUCAAGCCUUCAUCCUCCGUAGCCCUCCAUCGCCACUCAAACUCUCUUGUUGAUAUCCUCCCGCCGGAAGCAGACUCUUCAAUUGCUAUGUUGGGUGCAGAUGAGAAGCCAGAUGUCACAUAUGCCGAUGUUGGUGGUCUUGAUAUGCAGAAGCAGGAAAUUCGAGAAGCAGUUGAACUUCCGCUUACUCAUUUCGAUCUGUACCGCCAAAUUGGUAUCGAUCCCCCACGAGGUGUCUUGCUCUAUGGUCCUCCCGGAACAGGCAAGACUAUGUUGGUAAAGGCUGUCGCAAACUCAACAACCGCCAACUUCAUCCGUGUCGUCGGUUCCGAGUUCGUUCAGAAGUACUUAGGAGAAGGACCCCGUAUGGUUCGAGAUGUGUUCAGAAUGGCUCGCGAGAACUCUCCUGCAAUCAUCUUCAUUGAUGAAAUCGAUGCUAUCGCUACGAAACGUUUCGAUGCGCAGACCGGUGCCGACAGAGAAGUCCAACGUAUCCUUCUGGAGCUGUUGAAUCAAAUGGAUGGUUUCGAUCAGACUUCGAACGUCAAGGUAAUCAUGGCCACCAACAGAGCUGAUACUUUGGAUCCUGCUCUCCUCCGUCCUGGACGUCUGGACAGAAAGAUUGAGUUCCCUAACCUCCGAGACCGAAGAGAGAGAAGAUUGAUCUUCACCACUAUUGCGUCGAAGAUGUCCCUAGCCCCCGAGGUCGACCUUGACAGCUUAAUCGUCCGAAAUGAUCCCCUGAGCGGUGCCAUCAUCGCAGCCAUCAUGCAGGAAGCCGGUUUGAGAGCAGUCCGAAAGAACAGAUACAACAUCAUCCAAGUCGAUUUGGAGGAUGCAUACUCAAGUCAAGUCAAGGGAGCGCAAGAGGCUCAAAAGUUCGACUUCUACAAGUAGACUCUUGGCCUCGGGAUGUGUGGGAAACCUUGGUGGAGGAUGCAUUUCUGGCGUUGAGAUGGCAAUUCAUGAUGGCAAUGGCAGGCGAGCAGGCAUUUGGAUGGGAGGAGAGGGGAGACGAAAUUUGAGUCUCGCAUAAUCUCUUCCUUCCGUAGAGGCAGGCAUGCAGUCAUAUCUUCACUUGUACUAACAAUACCAAAGCCGUUGUCUGUAAUUGAACAUUUUGCGACCUUGUGGCUCUGUUCCUCUUUCGCUGCACUGUCACAUCACUUCCUUCUUGGCUAACUUACG